GGGGAGCUGGAGGGGGGUUUCUCCCAAUAAACACAGCUGACUUCAUUGCACCGCCUUCGUCCUCAGCUGCUGCUCUCCUAUAAAAGCAAGCAAAAAUAAGAUCUGUACUCGAUUAGCUUUUUGGGGAGGAGAUAUAUAUAUAUAUAUAUAUAUCCAUAUAUAUAUAUCCAUAUAUAUAUGUCUGGUUGUCUUCUAGAAGGAGAAUCAUGUAAAUCGAUUUUUUAAAAAAGGACUGCUUUCUGGGCCGGGGUAGGGAAGAAAAAAAUGGGGGAUGCUGCAGACGUCAAGGAGAUGAAGAAGACGUUCAUUGUCCCUGCCAUCAAACCGUUUGAUCAUUACGACUUCGCCCGAGCGAAAAUUGCCUGCAAUCUAGCGUGGCUGGUGGCCAAAGCCUUUGGGACAGAAAAUGUACCAGAGGAGCUGCGAGAACCAUUUUAUACAGAUCAGUAUGACCAGGAGCAUAUUAAACCUCCUGUUGUUAAUUUGCUGCUCUCUGCUGAACUCUACUGUCGUGCCGGGAGUCUUAUUCUGAAGAGUGAUGCUGCCAAACCUCUCCUUGGGCAUGAUGCCGUUAUCCAAGCCUUGGCACAGAAAGGCCUCUAUGUGACUGACCAGGAGAAACUGGUAACGGAGAGAGACUUGCACAAGAAACCCAUUCAGAUGAGUGCUCAUUUGGCAAUGAUUGAUACCUUGAUGAUGGCAUAUACCGUAGAAAUGAUCAGCGUGGAAAAAGUGAUUGCAUGCGUACAGCAGUAUUCGUCCUUCUUCCAAGCCACGGACCUUCCCUAUGACAUAGAAGAUGCUGUCAUGUUCUGGAUAAAUAAGGUAAAUGAGCACUUGAAAGACAUCAUGGAGCAAGAACAAAAACUGAAAGAGCAUCACACUGUCGAAACACCAGGAAUUCAAAAGUCUCCUUCCAAAUGGUUUUGGAAACUGGUUCCUGCUCGUUAUAGGAAGGAACAAACUCUGCUUAAGCAGCUGCCUUGCAUCCCAUUGGUGGAAAACCUGCUGAAGGAUGGUACAGAUGGCUGCGCUUUAACGGCCCUGAUCCAUUUUUACUGCCCAGAUAUAGUCAGAUUGGAGGAUAUCUGUUUGAAGGAAACCAUGUCAUUGGCUGACAGCUUGUAUAAUCUCCAACUGAUACAAGAAUUUUGUCAGGAAUACUUGAACCGAUGCUGCCAUUUAACACUUGAAGAUAUGCUCUAUGCAGCUUCUUCGAUAAAGAGUAACUAUUUGGUGUUCAUGGCAGAGCUCUUCUGGUGGUUUGAAGUAGUGAAGCCAUCCUUCGUGCAGCCUCGGGUUGUAGUCCAUCCUCAAGCUGAGCCUCCAAAGGAAGCAUCCUCUAUUCCAGCUGCAAACACCAACAGAAGAAACUACCCAAAUGAUUCACAUGAUUCUGGCCUGAUAGCCAGUGUGGAAGAUCCAGCUUUUGCAUCAUCUCACGGGAUCCCACCUGCCAGCUACACUCACCCUCAGCCUUAUUCAUCUGCCCCAGGCAGCAUUAGAAGAUCUUCAUCUAUGUCCUACAUGGAUGGAUAUGUAGGGACGUGGCCCAAAGAAAAAAGAUCUUCAGUGCAUGGAGUAUCGUUUGACAUUUCUUUUGAUAAAGAGGAUACCAUCCAUAUGACUGCUCCAAACAGAGGAAUUACUAGAUCUCUCAGUAAUGAAGGGCUUGUGCAAAAUACUAGCAGGCUACCCAGACAUAUUAAAAAGAAUCUAUCCUUUAAGCCUGUGAAUGGUGAAGAAGAAAGUGAAGAUAUUGAAGAAGAAAAGGAUGUUGAGUUUUGCAGUGAUCUAGAAGCUAAUAGCAAUCAAAGGAAUGCCAACCAGAUUAGUCCGUGCCGCCUACCAAAUGGAGCACUGCAAAACAGGUUGGUUACGGAUGAAUUUGGCAAUCGCAUUGAGGCACCAAGCAUUGAGCAAGCAUUGCAGAUUAUCCAUGAGAGUGAGAAAUCUCCCAGUCUUUCUCAGGCAGAGCAAUUUUCUAAUGGGUUUUUCCUUCACAACACGGAGAUGAGCAUCCUAAAUUCAAAUUUAAAACCCCAUCAGGUUAGUCAAGAUGCUCUUACAGAUACAAAAGAUGCUUUCAGUCCUGUAACUGACAAUACAGAAGUGGAUACUGGAAUCCAUGUACCUUCAGACAUCCCAGAGACUAUGGAUGAGGAUUCUACUUUAAGAGAUUAUACUGUAAGCCUGGACUCUGAUAUGGAAGAACCAUCUCGAUUUUUGCACGAAUUUGAUAGCAGAGGCGUCAACCAUAAGGAGCAGCUGAGUCCUUGUCCAAGCUCCAUAAGUGCCAAAUCACAAGCAGGCAGUAGCGCAUCUUCAAGCUCUGGAGUGAAAAUGACGAGCUUUGCUGAGCAGAAGUUCAAAAAGCUGAACCAUACAGACAGCCGAAGUAGUGGAAGCAGUUCGCAGAAAACCACCCCAGAAGGGUCCGAGCUAAAUAUUCCUCACAUUGUUUCUUGGGCUCAAAUACCCGAGGAAUCCCCUCUGCCUCAGGGAAGAGACACAACGCAGUUGCUGGCCUCUGAAAUGGUCCAGCUGAAGAUGAAGCUGGAAGAGAAGAGACGGGCCAUUGAAGCCCAGAAGAAGAAGGUGGAGGCAGCUUUUACAAAGCAGAGGCAGAAAAUGGGAAGAACAGCAUUCCUUAAUGUUGUGAAAAAGAAAACUGAUGGGAUUUCGCCACUUAGAGAAGAGGCGGCUGGAGCAGAGGAUGAGAAAGUGUUUACAGACAGCCAUAGACUGAAAGAAAAAGAAGCUCAGAAGCCAGGUGAGCAACUAAAUAAGACUUCAGAGAUGAUAAAAGAAAGCUCUGAAAAUGCCCCAGCUAAGUGGCUGAAGUCACCAAACACCCCACUUGAUACAGAGAAACAUGGUAACUUAACAAGUCCUUCAGAGGAAAACUUAAAUGAAGGUGACCUCUUGGAAUAUACAAAAUCCAUUGAGAAGCUCAAUUCUUCUCUAAACUUCCUACAGCAGGAGAUGCAGCGCCUGUCGCUUCAGCAAGAAAUGCUAAUGCAGAUGAGAGAGCAGCAGGCUUGGGUGAUUUCACCUCCUCAGCCUUCUCCUCAGAAACAAAUUCGGGAGUUUAAGUCUUCACUGAGGCUUAGUGGGUCAUCUUCUCCCAUUGGGCCAUUUUCAGUGGACUCUUCUCGACCUUCCCACCAGUCCCCACAGACAUCUUCAAGGAAGAAUUCCUCUCUCCCCAGUAAAGUACAAAGGACUCCUAGGCCAAAUGAACUGAAAAUAACACCUUUGAAUCGCACUUUGACUGCACCACGAUCUGUAGAUAGUCUUCCUCGUUUGAGAAGGUUUUCUCCAAGCCAAGUACCUAUUCAAACUCGGUCAUUUGUUUGUUUUGGAGAUGAUGGUGAAUGUCGCCUUCUAAAGGAGGUCAAAAAUACAGCAGAGGAGACAGUUGACAGAGAAGAAGCAGGUGAAAAGGAAGCUGAGAAAAAAGUAGCUUCUGCAGAACCAGCUGAGCAAAAAUCAAAAGAACAGCAAAUCAGACCUCUAGAAGCUACAGUGUCUGAAGUUCUCUCACAACCCAUUACUGAAACGGUCUGCCUCACUCCAAGUGAAGAGCUGCUGAAUCCCCCAGUUUUUCCAGCACCUGCCCCCAAAACUGCUAACCUCAUAGAAGUUUCUCUCACUGAUUUGAAGCCACCAGAAAAGUCAGAAGAGCCCACUGAGAAGUCAGAGGGUGAGAGUGACAAAGAGCAAUUGGAGGAUGACCAGAAAGUGUGUUGUGGAUUCUUCUUCAAGGAUGAUCAAAAGCCUGAAAAUGAUAUGGCAGUGAAACGGGCAGCGUUACUGGAGAAGCGACUGAGAAGGGAAAGAGAAACUUUACUUCGGAAGCAGCAGUUGGAAGCAGAGCUGGAACACAAGAAAGAAGAAACAAAGAGGAAGUCCGAGGAAGAACGGCAGAAGAAAGAAGAUGAAAGAGCGCGGCGAGAAUUUAUUAAGCAAGAAUAUAUGAGGCGGAAGCAGCUGAAACUUAUGGAAGACAUGGACAUUGUCAUAAAGCCCCGUCCCCACUCAUCCAAACAGAAGAAGCCACGGCCAAAAUCCAUACACAGAGACCAUAUUGAAUCACCUAAAACGCCAAUCAAAGGUCCUCCAGUGUCAAGCCUUUCAUUGGCAUCACUAAACACUGGCGACAAUGAAAGUGUGCAGUCAGGCAAGAGAACACCGAGGUCUGAGUCCGUGGAAGCAUUCUUAUCGCCAAGCCGCUGCGGUAGUCGUAACGGGGAAAAGGACUGGGAAAAUGCAUCCACAACCUCUUCAGUGGCUUCUGCUACAGAAUAUACAGGGCCAAAGCUAUACAAAGAACCCAGUGCAAAAUCCAACAAGCACAUCAUCCAAAAUGCUCUGGCACACUGUUGCUUGGCUGGGAAAGUAAACGAAGGUCAGAAGAAUAAAAUAUUGGAGGAAAUGGAGAAAUCGGACGCCAACAACUUCCUAAUCCUCUUCCGGGACUCAGGCUGUCAAUUCCGAUCUUUGUAUACAUACUGCCCUGAAACUGAAGAAAUCAGUAAGUUGACUGGGAUAGGACCCAAGUCCAUCAGCAAGAAAAUGAUUGAGGGACUCUAUAAGUACAACUCUGACAGGAAGCAGUUCAGCCACAUCCCUGCUAAAACGCUCUCUGCCAGUGUCGACGCGAUUACCAUUCACAGUCAUCUGUGGCAGAGCAAAAGACCAGUAACGCCAAAAAAACUCUUGCCUGCAAAGGCAUAGUAACAUGUGAGGAAGCUCCUUUGCUGCACUUCUUAUUUGCUGCCUAUUAGAAAAUAGGUUCUUAUUUGCCAACAAGACUUCUUUAAACUCAGAUUUGAAGAACAAGCUUUGUCGUCAUGCACAACUGGAAUGUACACACAGUAUUGAAGUCUUAGAGAAAACUGGCACUUAGUGAUUAGGCAUUCAUGUACUCAUGGAAGACUGAGUCACCAGUGGAGAUGGGUAUGUGCUUACACACAGAUUAUAGGGUUCAUUUCCUCUCCAUUUUAAAACACUGAAUUAUUGAAUGUUUGCAAAUCUGUAGUGACUGAAAUUAAAGACAAUUUACAUUUAUUGCCUUAUA